ACCCCAAACAAAUCAUUAUUCGUCUCACUUGAUUCUGAACCAUCAAAGUUCAGACCUAUAAUCAGGAUCGGUGUUAAGAAAAUAUUUUCUAGGAGGGCAAAAUGAAACUUCGGUCCUACAACAGUUGCUGCUCUUUUUGUGGGAAAGCUGUGGAAUAUGCAGAUCAUGUAGUGCGCAUGCUCAUUUACUUACAAUGUGUGGAUGACGAUUUUAGCUUGGUGGGGAAUUCAUACAGCAGUUUGCGGUAGUGUGAAUGAGGCUUUUUGGCAACUCACUCAGGGACGGUACCAUGACAGAAGACAGGCUGUUUGGUCCUUUUAAUUCAUCUCGGUCUCUUGGCACCAUAUUUGGGGGCUGAGAAAUAGUGUGAUUUUUAAUAGGGUGGAGAUAGAUGUUGACAGAUUAGUGGUGGCAAUUCUGUCAAAACAUUGAAUUCUACACUUAUUAUUAUUAUUAUCAUUUUGUCCAAAAUGGGAGAAGAAAAGAAGGUUGCUUUGGACUUCUCUUUUCUGGAUGGAUGCAAUUGUGGAAUCCUGUUUCUAUCUUGCAUUGUUUUGUCCUGGAUUUUCAUCCACAGAUGGAGUCAGAGGGGAAAGAAAGGCCCCAAAACAUGGCCACUCGUUGGAGCCGCCAUUGAGCAAUUCAUGAACUAUGAUCGGAUGCAUGACUGGCUUGUCAAGUACCUAUCUGACUCAAGAACUAUUGUUGUCCCAAUGCCAUUCACAACUUACACUUACAUUGCUGAUCCUGCUAACGUAGAACAUGUUCUCAAGACCAACUUUGCUAAUUACCCUAAGGGUGAAACAUACCACUCAUACAUGGAAGUUCUGCUUGGGGAUGGUAUUUUCAAUGUAGAUGGCGAAAUGUGGAGGAAACAAAGGAAAACUGCAAGUUUUGAGUUUGCGUCCAAGAAUUUGAGAGAUUUCAGCACUGUGGUCUUUAAAGAGUAUAGCUUAAAGCUUCUUUCCAUUCUUAGUCAAGUGUCAUUUUCCAACCAAGAAGUAGACAUGCAGGACUUGUUGAUGAGGAUGACUUUGGACUCCAUAUGUAAGGUGGGAUUUGGUGUAGAAAUAGGAACUCUGGACCCCAAUCUUCCGAAGAAUAGCUUUGCUCAGGCAUUUGAUACUGCAAACAUCAUUGUGACACUUCGUUUCAUCGAUCCACUCUGGAAAGUGAAGAAAUUUCUAAAUAUAGGCUCAGAAGCUCUUCUUGACAAGAGCAUUAAAGUCAUUGAUGAUUUCACCUACUCUGUCAUAAGGAGAAGGAAAGCAGAGAUAAAGGACAGUCAAGCAACUAGCAAAACUAGCAAGAUAAAGCAUGAUAUACUGUCAAGAUUUAUCGAGCUAAGUGAAGAUCCAGAUAGUAAUUUAACUAACAAAAGCCUAAGAGAUGUUGUCCUGAACUUUGUGAUUGCGGGUCGUGACACAACAGCUACUACUCUCACAUGGGCUUUAUACAUGAUAAUGACCCACGCCCAUGUAGCUGAAAGGCUUUACUUGGAGUUGAAGGCUUUCGAAGAGGAAAGGGCAAAAGAACAGAAUGUUUCGUUGCUUCAAUUUGACACAGGAGACCUAGAAUCAUUCAAUCAAAGAGCAACACAAUACACAGAACUCUUAAAUUAUGAUUCACUUGGAAAAUUAUAUUUUCUGCAUGCAGUGAUUACUGAAACACUUCGCCUAUAUCCUGCAGUCCCUCAGGAUCCAAAAGGGAUCUUGGAGGAUGAUGUCUUGCCUGAUGGAACCAAAGUGAAGGCAGGAGGCAUGGUCACUUAUGUUCCUUACUCAAUGGGUCGGAUGGAGUACAAUUGGGGUCCUGAUGCAACUUCCUUUAGGCCUGAGCGAUGGCUUAAAGAUGGCUUCUUCCAAAAUGCAUCUCCGUUCAAGUUCACUGCAUUUCAGGCAGGACCAAGGAUAUGUCUGGGAAAGGACUCUGCCUAUCUCCAGAUGAAGAUGGCAUUGGCAAUUCUGUGUAGAUUUUUCAAAUUCACUCUGGUUCCAGGCCACCCUGUUAACUAUAGAAUGAUGACCAUUCUAUCAAUGGCACAUGGUUUGAAGCUCAAAAUAACAAAACAAUCUUAGGACAAGAUGUGAUGCUACAAACAACAAACAUGGCUUAUCAUGUUGGUAGACUACUUUAGAGAGCAUGUUCAUUUUGUUUCAUGAUAAGGGACAUUGGUUUAUUUCAUUAUUUGGUUUUCAAGAGCAAGCAUUACAGAUAUCUUAAAUCUAAUUUCUAAAACUUCAGCCAAUGUUUUGGUUAUGAGGCAAAACUAGAAGAAACUAUAAUCUUCUAA